AUGAGAAGUACAGGAGGAUUUGGCCUGCUCAGCAUCCUGCUCAUCCUGGCGGUCCUUUCACACUCAGGUUUUAGCCUCUGCUGCUACAACUGUCCAAGCCCAGUUUCAGACUGCAAUAUAAACAUGACCUGUCCAUCUAACCUUGACGCAUGUCUCUUUGCACAAUCUGGGCCCCGCAUCUAUCGCAACUGUUGGGCAUUGAGGGAUUGUACUUUUGACUUCAUUUCCAGACGAAUAGGAGAGUCUGAGAUCCAGUACAGCUGCUGCCAGGAAGACCUUUGUAACCUCCUACUCAAAUCUGCUGGAGUAGCAGCCACCGUAUCAGGGAAGCUGUUGUUGCUGGCAAUGCCAUUUCUGGCAGCAAUGUGGAACCUUUGUCUCUAA